AUGGCUCGCGGUAAAGAUAAGAAAAAACGUAAACUAGAGAAGAAGCAAGAGGGUGAUGAUGUGCCAAAGAAAGUACCACACACUUUGGAAUCUCUACGUGAGAAAGAUGAAACAAUGCUUGCUAAUGUGGAUGACGAGGAAAAGGAGGAGGCACAAAAAGACAUGGAACUGGAUGAGCUGUCAUCAUAUUUUCAAAACUCAUAUGAGCCUAAAGUGCUCAUCACAUAUUCAGACAACCCACACAACAAGACUCGGAUAUUUGGCAAAGAACUCAUGAGGAUAAUACCUAACUCCCUAUCAAGAUAUAGACAAAGGUCUUCAGUAAAACGAAUAGUCCAGUCGGCCAUACGUGAAAGUUAUACAGAUGUUAUUAUUGUUAAUGAGAAUCAGAAACAGCCCAAUGGAUUUCUUCUGAUCCACUUGCCCAAUGGGCCCACGGCGCAUUUUAGACUCUCCAGCUGUAAGAUCACACCCGAGUUGAGAAAGGAUUACAAAGAGAUCACAACACAUAGGCCUGAGGUAAUACUGAACAAUUUUAGCACGAGACUGGGUCUCACGGUGGGGCGGAUGCUGGGAGCACUGUUCCACUAUGAGCCGCAGUUUCGAGGCCGAAGAGCUGUCACCUUUCACAACCAACGCGACUAUAUAUUCUUCCGGCAUCACAGGUACGAAUUUACACCGGACGGGAAACGUGCGAAGCUUCGCGAGUUAGGGCCGCGAUUCACAUUGAAGCUGAUCUCUCUGCAGCAGGGAACCUUCGACUCUAAGCACGGAGACUACGAGUGGAUCAUUGCGGGCCGCCGCCACCUUAUGGAAACGUCUAGAAGAAGAUUCUUUUUAUAG